CCGCUCGCCACCUUUGUCAGCUUUUCCAGCGAGUAUAAAUACUCUUACGCGAGUGGACAACGGCAUCAGUUGCAGUGUUCUUGACGACCAAACUUCUCUCUUUCAGCAAACAACCACAACCCCCAAACUCUCACCAUGUCUCUCAAGGCUCUUUUCUUCUUCGCUCUCGCCAUCGUCGCCGUCUUCGCCGCUGAGCAACCCGCCAAGAGGGCCAUCUACCCCGCUGCCUACCCCUACGCCGCCUACCCCUACGCCGCCGCCGCCUACCCCUACGCCGCCGCCGCCUACCCCUACGCCGCUGCUGCCCCCGCCGUCGUCCCCGCCGCCGCCUACCCAUACGCCGCCUACCCAUACGCCGCCUACGAUGAUGGCAGCUACUUCCCAGGCAAAUACGGACCCCUCUCCAAGUAAGCUGUGAUGUCAACAACAUCAGAGCCCCCCCCCCUCAAAUUCACUCCUCCUCACUUCUGAAAUUCCGAUUGAAAUUUGGUCUGAACCUCCAAUAAGAACAAUGCAUCUGCAAUAGUCACCUCCAUUUUGUUCAAUUUUCAAAAAUUAAAACUUUCCCUCCGGUAA